AUGUACUUCUCUACACUGGCGAUCCUCAUCACUACGGCCACGAUGGCUCUUACCAGCCCUGUGUCCCCCAAAUGCGGAACCUGCAACCCGCUCUCGGGUCAAAACAGCUGCGACGUGACCACCUCGUGUAUCAACACGGGAAAAGCCUUCCACUGCGCAUGUCGGGCCGGCUUUAAAGCCUCGGAGAGGAACAAUGAUGUCCAGAGCCAAUUCCGCCUGAACAUGCCCAAUUACGAGUUCCUGGUCUUUGUGCCGGAGAAGACUGUGUGCAACACUCUUUGCGACAAUCCAUAUGCGGCUCCGGCGGACCUCUGCCGCGAGGUUCGCAAGUAUGACAGCUGCGUCGUUUAG